UCCCCGUUCUCUUUGGUGUUUCAGAAUGAUCGCUGCUCACAACAGUAGCCAUACCAGGUGAAGAGAGGAAGCACGGAGACGAGGUUCUUACCAUGCACUGAACAGCACGGCGUCACGCGCAGAGUGCUGGGAAAAUGUCUGCUUGCAACACCUUCACUGAGCACGUCUGGAAACCUGGUGAAUGUAAGAACUGCUUUAAGCCAAAAAGCUUGCAUCAGUUACCCCCGGUGUCUGAAAAAAAAACCCUCUCACAUGACAAUCUGAAAACCAAUGCAAACCAAAGUAACAGCCAGCGUGGCAGAAACACGGGGAGUUUCCGACCGCCUGUGGCAAAGAAACCCACGAUAGCUGUGAAGCCCACCAUGAUGGUAGCAGAUGGGCAGGGUGUGUGUGGCGAAAUCGGCGCUCCGGAUCAUUGUGAGAAUAAAUCGGUGCCCGCGGGCUGGAACCGAAACAAAGCUGUCUUGCACAAAAAACCACUGAACAAUAAUAAUGAAGAUGAAAUUGAGGGCUACAGCCACGUUCCUAGGCCUUACGGCAACAGUGAUGGGGUAGGGAAGAUACCAAAUAAUAAUAAUAAUGGACUGACAGAAGUUUUGAAGGAGAUCGCAGGUUUGGAUGCCGCACCUCAGCUGACUGGAAGUGAAAUGAACUCGAGAGAAACCUUCUUGGGAAGAAUAAAUAAUUGCUAUAAGAGAUCAUUAGAAAGAAAGAUUCCUCCAAGCUGCAUGAUGGGUGGGAUGAAGGAUUCUCACGGUAAGCACGUUAUUCUGAGUGGAAGCACUGAGGUCAUAAGUAAUGAAGGCGGACGUUUCUGUUACCCAGAAUUCUCUAGCGGAGAGGAGAGUGAGGAUGACGCGUUUUUUGGCAGCAUGCAGGAAGAGCAUGAGAGCUGGGAUGAAAGUGAUGAAGAGUUGCUAGCAAUGGAAAUUCGGAUGAGGGGCCAACCUCGCUUUGCUAAUUUUAGAGCUAACACUCUAUCUCCUGUUCAGUUCUGUGUUGACAAAAAAUGGAAUACCGUGCCUCUUAGAAACAAGUCUCUGCAGCGGAUCUGUGCUGUAGAUUACGACGACAGUUACGAUGAAAUUUUAAACGGUUAUGGGGAAGAGACUGUGAUUCUGUAUGGGCAAGAGAGCAUGCAGAGCAUGGUAUCUUCUGAUUCUACAUCUCCUGAUUCUUCUUUGACAGAAGAGUCUCGCUCUGGAACAGCCAGCAGCUCUUCACAGAAGCUCUGUAAUGGAGGAUUAUCUCCUAGUACUCCCCAGGACAUCAAGUUGAUUGAACCGGAGUAUGAAAGUCUCUGUGAUAGUCAACAAGUGAAGGAUGUGUCAAAAGCUUCCAGAAGCGUUCCAAAGAGUCUAGAAACCCACAAGGCCGUCCUUGCUCUUCGACUGGAAGAGAAGGAUGGCAAAAUUGCUGUGCAGACUGAUAAACAAGAGAAUAAAAGUUCUUCGGAAGUUAGCGGUCAGGCAGUAACUAUAAAUUUGGUGCCUGUGGAAGAGCAAGCUAAACCUUACAGGGUGGUGAAUAUGGAACAGCCAGUUUGCAAGCCAUAUACCGUAGUGGAUGUAUCAGCAGCCAUGACUAAUGAAUGUAAGGAGAGUCAGACUGAAACCUCAGAAGCCAAAAACACAUCAUCUAACCCAAGUUCGCCAGUAACCCCAGGCACACCUAUUAAAUCCUCCGCAGCAUCACCUGCACGAGUCAACGCCAAUCUGAAAAAAUCCAGUGCCAUCAGGUAUCAGGAAGUGUGGACUUCUAGCACUAGUCCAAGACAGAAGAUACCGAAGGUGGAGUUAGUUGCUAACAGCUCUGGACCUUCUGUUCCUCCCAGGAAGACAAGCCACAAGUCAGCUCCUACUUCGCCGACAGCUACAAACCUUUCUUCUAAAACGAUCCCAGUUAAGUCUCCCAAUUUAUCUGAGAUAAAAUUCAACAGCUAUAAUAAUGCUGGCAUGCCACCUUUUCCCAUUAUCAUUCACGACGAGCCCACUUAUGCUAAGAGUUCCAAAAAUGCCAUUAAGGUUCCGAUUGUAAUCAAUCCAAAUGCAUAUGAUAACCUGGCUAUCUACAAAAGUUUUCUAGGGACCAGCGGAGAGCUGUCUAUCAAAGAUAAAACUACCAGUGUAAUUAGUCACACUUAUGAAGAAAUAGAGACAGAAAGCAAAAUGACCGAAGCCAUAGGAGGCAAACCCACUGAAGGAAAGGGGGUGACGAAUAGCACUGAAUGUAGACUCGGUUCUGUGGCUCAGAAGGUGCAAGAGUUUAACAGCUGUCUGGGUAAAAGUCAGAUAUCACCACAGAGAAGUCACAGCUCUGACCACAGCUCCCCAUCGAGAAUUCAGAAGGCAGCACAAGAACCUGCAGAUGUGACCCCAGAGGCUUCUGCUCCCGCUGCCAGCAGCAGCAGAGAGAAUGCAAGCACGGUGCUUUCACAGAUUGUGGCUUCCAUCCAGCCUCCGCAGUCUCCUCCAGAAACCCCGCAGGCUGGGCCCAAGUCUUGCAGUGCAGAAGAGCUGUAUUCCUUACCUCCUGACGCAGAUGCUGCUAAAAACACCCUUGUACGACCUAAAUCCCUGUUUACAUCACAGUCUGAAGUAGAGUCAUCCAAGACCACGGAAAGCACUGCCAUUAAGAUGCAGAAAGACACAGCUUCACAGCCAGUUGCCACCAAUUCCCCAAAGCCAGUGAGGGGCACCCCAAAUACCACAAGUCCCAAAACAGAACAGGCACCACCAUUCCCUCCUCCGCGGUCCACGUCUUCGCCCUACCACGCGAGUAAUCUGCUGCAAAGGCAUUUUAGCAACUGGGCCAAACCCAACAGUCCCACCAGGUCGACGGAGGCGGAGUCCGUCUUGCACUCCGAGGUUCGGCGAGCUGCUGAUGCUAAACCCAAACGCUGGAUAUCGUUCAAGAGCUUCUUCCGCCGCAGAAAAACCGAUGACGAGGAAGACAGAGAGAAAGAAAGAGAGAAAGGGAAACUGGUGGGUCUGGAUGGAACUGUGAUACACAUGCUCCCCCCUCCUCCGGUCCAACGGCAUCACUGGUUCAGCGAGGCAAAAUCAGACUCCAAUGAGAAGCCAUCGAUUGUUUUCAUGUAUAGAUGUGAACCGACACAAGCUGAACCAAAGGUUGACCAUCAAUACAAGGGUGGAGUGGAGUCUGCUAUCGCAGAUGUACUUGCAAAAGACAAAGGGGAAACACAGGAGAAGUCUCCAGAGAGCUCUGAGCAGAAAAUAACGAGCCAUCCAUCACCACCUCAGAUCUUGAAGAAAAUCCCCAGCGCAUCAGAACACUGUGGAAUCAAUGGCUCGCCAGAGUUUCAAGACAUGAUUAAAAGACUCAAGAAGGCCCUGAAAGAAUUUCCUUUAAUGGGGAAUUGUGUGAGUGAGUACAGUGGUCAAGUGCCCGAUGAUACCACGCUGGAGGACUUGUCCCCCCGCGUCCCAAGAGCCGUGUUUGUGAAGCAGGACAAUGGUGGCAGUGCCUCGGUCAUACCAGUGUCAGCUGUCCGUGCCCCUCAGGGGGAGGAAGACAAAGAAGAAGCUCCACAUCCUUCUGACUUGAAUCCUUGCAGUGCUACGUACAGCAAUUUAGGACAGUCCAGAGCAGCCAUGAUACCUCCGAAACAGCCCAGGCAGCCGAAGGGAGCUUUGGACGAUGCCAUUGCCUUUGGAGGAAUAGUAGAGCAGGAGACGUUGAACAACUUACAGCCAACACCGCCUCCACUGCCGAAAAAGACAAUUUUGAGAGCUAACACAGAGCCCAGUCCCAGAGAUCUCCAGAAGCAAGCUCUUGAGAACAAUCUGUGCAUUGUGGCCAAUCCCACCUAUGACAUCGACACCAACUGGGAAGCGAGCAGCGCCUGCUCCUCGGUCAGCUUGGAGCUCAAGGCGCUGGACAACGAGUCGGGAGAUUCCUUGGACAGGCCUACAGAAAAGUUAAGGACAACCACCUCAGCAACUAACAGUGUUUCCAGCCUAACCACUAUCAGUAUUAAGGACCGCUGUUCCAAUAGCAUGGAGUCUCUGACGGGGAGACGUAUCUCGCAGUCUAAGCAGAGCAGAGGUGUCCAGAAGCCCCAGAGGCAAGCACUUUAUCGAGGAAUUGAAAAUCGAGAAGAAGUGGUAGGUAAAAUCCGAAACCUUCACACCGAUUCACUGAAGAAGCUGGCACUUAAAUGUGAAGACUUGUUCAUGGCUGGACAAAAAGACCAGCUGCGAUUCGGAGUAGACAGCUGGUCGGAUUUCAGGCUCACCAGCGACAAGCCGUGCUGUGAGGCAGGUGAUGCAGUUUACUACCCGGCUUCUUAUGCAAAAGACCCUCUCAACAAUUAUGCAGUCAAGAUUUGUAAGAGCAAAGCUAAGGAGUCCCAGCAGUAUUAUCACAGCCUGUCUAUCCGGCAGAGUCUGGCUAUCAACUUUAACAUCCAGCAGGACUGUGGCCAUUUCCUUGCUGAAGUGCCAGUUCGCCUCCUUCCAUGGGAAGAUACCGAUGCACCAGAGGUGGAAGAAGAGCAAGAAGAAGAGGAAGAACCUGAGCAAAAGAACAGAGGCACUCCUUCCAAUACAGAGGCUUCACAGAAGGACAGCUCAAGUAACCAGGGGACCAUCAACAAGCCGCGCAGCCGUGUUGUAGUCAUCACACGAGAGGUGCCGUACUUAACAGUGGCGGAUUUUGUGCGAGAGUCUGCUCCUCGCCAUGCCAAAAGCCCAGAUUUAUAUGAGAGGCAGGUCUGUCUUCUCCUUUUACAGCUGUGUUUGGGCCUGGAGCACCUGAAACCCUAUCACAUCACCCACUGUGAUCUGCGGCUAGAGAACCUGCUGCUGGUUCAUUCUAGACCAGGAGGCAGCCCUCUGAGCUCUGAGUCCGCGGAGCCCAGUCCCAACACUGCUUGCCCAGCCAGGUUAAUAGUGAGCAAUUUCUCACAGGCCAAGCAGAAGAGUCAUAUGGUAGAUCCUGAAGUCCUACGGGAUCAGUCCCGCCUGGCUCCAGAAAUCAUCACUGCGACGCAGUACAAAAAGUGUGAUGAAUUUCAGACUGGCAUCCUUAUCUACGAAAUGCUGCACUUACCCAAUCCCUUCGAUGAGAAUCCAGAGCUGAAGGAGAAGGAGUACACUCAUGCUGAUCUCCCCAAGAUCCCUUGCCGCUCCCUCUACUCUCAAGGGCUUCAACAACUUGCCAGCUGCUUGCUGAAUCCCAACCCCUCUGAGAGGAUCCUGAUAUCAGAAGCCAAGGGAAUCCUUCAGUGUUUGCUUUGGGGUCCGCGUGAGGACUUGUUCCACGCUCUAAGAACAUCUUCCAACCCAGCCCGGAAAGAUGCUGUACUUCAGAACUGGCUGGACAUCAAAAGGACGCUGCUGAUGAUAAAGUUUGCAGAGAAGUCCUUUGACAGGGACUGUGGAGUGAUUCUGGAAGACUGGCUGUGUUGUCAAUAUCUGGCCUUUGCGACUGUAGACUCACUUCAUCGCAUUGUGAGAAUCAUGCAGCGGCACUAGUUUACAAGACCUGUUGCUUUUUACGAAGCACCUCCAGCCCAGCCCUCACUCCAGCCUGCCCUAGGGCUCACACUUUGAACAAGUGUUUGAAAAAAGGCCUAGAUGUCAAAGCCAGCAACUCUGAGCAAAUAGGUUCUAAUUGGAGAGAUUGCCUCCUGUACCCAGUAUGAGAGAACUUUGCUUUUUUGCCAGGCCUCUCUUAGGGAUUCGUUUUAUACAUAUGACUGCAUUUGGAUCAGACACUUUGUAGCUAGAUAAAUAUCUGGAUGAAAAGGAGAGCAAACUUCGAUACCACUAUUUCUAUAACUACAGUAAACAAAUUGCCCUCCUCUUCUGGGUAGUUUCCGCCAUUUCUGUAUGUAGCAUUGGUAGUGAAUAGCAGUGAGCGUUAGCAGAGAUGAACUAGUUGUAAAUGGGAGACCCACAUUGCCCCACUGCUUUCAUUCCACAUCCCAUGCAAAAUUUCUUCUCACCUGGUCCCCCACAGCUGGGCUGGACUCUUCUUUCCUUUUGGCUCAACCAAAUGGAUUCUCCUCUCUCUCUUACAUUUUAUGCCUUCUUUUUGCUUGAGAUAUGGUUGUCCUGCUGAUUCUACCCAUGUCAGCAGGCUAUAAGCAUCUGUGCUUUGUUCUCUUCCCUCCUCUCCAUCUGACACACUGCCUACCCACAUCCUUUCUAAUCUCAUCCUUGAUUUCAGCAGUGUUGCCUUAAUUGGACUGUUAUCCUUGGCUUAAGACCUCUGCAUUAAAAAGCAGAAUAUGCACACUUAGUCUAUCCUGUUUCCCCUACUUGACGCUCACCAGUCUGGACAGCUGAUGUACUGUAGCUAUAACCACAUUUAUACCAUAAAAAUACAACACAUGGUGGGCAAUUGAAAUUCCCCUUCCAUCGUAAAAGGCACUAAAGCCUGACUUGAAACGGACAGGCCAUGUAUAAUCUUCUCUGACAAUCACUGCUAUGAAUUGGGGUUGAAAAUAACAGCCACCUCUUCUGUUUUAUUUUGGUUUGCUCUUGUCACUUGUGCCAUAUUGCAAAGUGGGACUGAAAUUGGCUCUGCUGGCAUGCUGGCAGGAGAUAGGAGUGCUUGGAGCUCGUCUGCGUGUAGCUAACAGGCCACAUGGAGACAGUUUUACUGCAGACACAGUUCUCUGAAGGGUAAAAACAAGGGGCAAAAACAGUGUUGUUUAAUUAUCAAGGGAGCUGUUAAGUUUGGCAGCCACAACUAAGAGCAUCGUGAUCCGUUUUUCCCGCAGCGGUGUUUGGCUGCACUUCUCUUGUCUGCUGUAACCAGUGUAUGCUCAUGUUGCUAUAGACAACACCCUGAAAAUGGCACGUUGUCAGAAUAGCUCAGAGAUCAUUGCAGACGGGGUUUGGGACGAGAGCAGGAAUUACUGAGAAUAAGAAGCAAAAUUUGAAAAAAUUCAACCUGAAGGAGCUUUGCAUUUUUAGAGACAUCUGCUGACUUCCUUCCCUGACCCAAUGGCUGUUUCCUCCAGAACCUCUGCAGUUGAACAGACGGUGUGUUUGCUCAGUAUUGCUAGGCUCUGAAUUGUUCUCUGAAUCGCUCUGAAGAACUCAUUUGGAUGUAGAGGAACAAGUGAUGCUGAAUAUUCUAACCCAGGUGAUGGAAAGCAGACAGCCCUAGUAAUGAGCCUGUGCUUCUCUUCUAUGGAUCUAUGUGCAAUUCUUGUAUGUAUUUUUUAAAGCUGUAUGUUACAGUGUUCGCUUUACACACCAGCCUUUACCGGAUGCUAGAUCUGCAGCCCCUUCCUUUACUUUCCUGGCACAUAAAUGCAGCUAUCCAUGUGUUCCUUUUAUGGAUGGAUGUUUCAUUUUAAUUGUUAAAACUGUGAGGAAUCAAUUCACUUCAGCCUUGAAACAAAUAGCCACUUUAUACAGCGCAUGCAUGCUUGGACCAGAUGCAUGGAAACGGAACAAACAGUCCUGCAGGCUUAAGGUCAGCAAAACUAGCUCUGGAUCCACACCAUUCAUUUGGAGGGGUUGAAAUUUCUGUGUUAUUCUUCUCUGGCAUCUCUCAGAGCUAAGCUGAGUACUGUGUAAGCCUACAUCGAUUGUGCUGUAGUAUGUAGACAGUCUCUGUGACCUUUCUCAAGACUUCUGAUUAUUAUUCUUGUGUUUGAUUCACCUGUAUCAGUGAAGGAUCAGGCAAGGAUAAGGGUAAUAUAUUUUCAUGUGAUAUUUUUUCUUUCUUUUCUUGGCAAGAAGGUAAGGAUGGCAGCAUUGAUGGGGGGAAAAAAAGACUGUGCUUUAAAAGCCCAAGUGCAAUGUAUGUAGCUGAGAUGUUUCGCUACAUCAGGAAAGAAAGUUUCUAUACUACUGCCGAGCAGCUUGUAGAAGAACCUUUACAAAGAAUCACACACACAUUUGGGUGCAGCCCUGCUUUACCUGGAGACAGGAGGGCAGUGCCCUCACGGCUUACAUACACCGAGCAUGACAAGCCACGUGCAUCCUGUCUGCUAGCUGGUAGUCGCAGUGCUGAGCUGAGAGUAGGGCUUCGUGUUCUCUGUGGUCUGGUUUGUGUUUGUUUCAUAGUGCCUGCGUGCACAUAACUUCUCACCCUCAUGUAGGCUGUUGGAGCAGUUCUUGGACCACUUGUCAUUGCAGAGGGCUCGUUCCUUGAAGCCAGUAGGUUUCCAUGUUUUCAGAUUCACUUUCAUGUCAACACGCACAUGCAAAGUUGAAUUUUGAAUGUUUUACAACCGUACGUAUUUAAUGCAGCGGGUCCGAAGCCUUUGUAUCUCUAGCUAUCUAAUUUCUGUUUGUAUUUUUUUGUGAUGAACCAAUACUCAUUUUAACUCUGCAGUAUAAGCAAGCAUGGAUAGAUGUUCACUACCCAUCCCUUCUUGUGCAGCACUGGGUAAACUUUAGCAAUUUCUAAUGUUGUGUGUGUUUUUCUUCAGAGAAGUCAAACACAACCUAGCCUGAGGUAUUCCUUCGGGGAGCUUGAGGCUGACUUUGCAGGUGUACCCAUAACUCUGAUGCUGAUGAUGGUAAUGUUUGUGAUGGUCCUUCAUCCUGGCAACAGAUAUUACCACGUAAAUAUCCGAGAAUGUAUGCAUUAAACUGAUUGUAAACAGAUUCUAAGAAUGCUACAGCAUAAUUGCGAAGCAAAAGGAAAAAAACCCCUUCUGUUUGCAGUUGACAUCCUGUGUAUGGCAGGAACAAAACCCCUGGCUGUGCAUGUUUUAACUCACAUGGAUACGUGCACAGAUCUUGAAUUUUUUAGCAGUCGCACUUUCAGUUGAGCUCAAGAAAUAGGAAGAGCUGCAAAUCUAAGAUAACAGUAUUGAUUGUAAAUAUAUAUUUUUCUAUUAAUAAAAGCUGUCAUUCAGAUAUUUUUAUCAUGAACUCUAAAGAAUUUUCCAGUGGAACUAACUUCUGGAAAAUCACGUGCUUGCUUGAAGAACUAUCAUGAGUGGUUUCUGAUCUCAUUAGAGCCAUUAAAACCCUCUCUGAUGUUACAGAGAGGGCACAGUGAUUGGAUUCACAACAUGUAGUGCCUUGUCCAAAAACUAAAACGAAGCCGGUCAGUUGGUGGAAAUCUUAUUCUUCUUGUAAUAGCCCUAUAAAUAAUACUGCCCACGUUAAGAUGCAGAAGAAAUAAAUAAAUUAAUAAAGUAAACGCUGUACUUUGUACAAUACUGAGUUGACCUAUCCAGUAAGAUCUGUUUCUGAAGUUGCAGUUAGGUGAACAGGUUCUUCUCAGUUGCUUGUAGUACAGCAUAAAUCUGGUUAACAACCAAAACUGUGGGCUUUCAGGUCUGGAACUGCAUCUGGACAGGGAGAACAGGACGAGUCAAUUGGUGAGACCGACGGCCGCAUCAAAACAAGCCUAAUGCUUUGACAAUCUCAGCUCUAGGAGACAAGGAGCUGCAUUGGUUUGGAAGGAGCAGUGAAGGUAAGGUGUGCUGAUCCCGAGGGCAGUAGUGGAUGUGCUGCACACCGUGCUCUCUGGAUGAAAUGUACACCUCUGGUAAAAGAGGGGUUCUGAAAAACCUACUCCUUGAGAUGUUAUGGAGGAUGGGUUGUUCUGUCUUUCUUCCAUUGGAAUUACUUAUUCCUCAGAUCCGAUACGGUCAAUAUGCAUAACCAGGUGAAUAUGAAGAGAAUCUAUCAGCAAAACCUUACCUAGAAAUUUUCAGGAAUGAGAGAAUCCAGAAUCUUAUUUUGGAGACUCAGCAAGGUCCAGUGCAGAGGCCUGAUCUCUCUUCAGUAUUCAGACACGAUGAAACCAAGAACACAAGCUAGGAUGCUUUACUGCUGGCCUGCAGACAGGAACACACAGCAUUUACUCAAACACCCCACCUUAAAUCUUGUGUGCUCCACGCAUCCCAGCAGCCCCCACAAGGUAUGAAUGAAUCAUUUUGACAUUUCAACACAGUGGAGUUCCAACAUAUUAGGAAAAGAUAUUAUUUAAAUAAAUCAGAUGUGUGUUAGUGAUUGACCACUUAGAGAAUUAAUUCAGCAGCUUUGCACCGUAGGGCCGUAACUUUAGCAUAUAAAAAUAGUAUUUGCUGCUGAAUUAAGAUGUAUCUGUUUCUCUGCUCUUGUGCUGAGAAGCCCCAUUUUAGUUAAUAUAUUUUGCUUGUAAUAACAAAUUCAUGUGGAAAUAUAAAUUAAAUACUUCUGGUUUUAUUUAAAUCAGUUGCAACUUUUCUAAGGGAUACGAUGGUAACUGAAUCAAACCGUUUAAUGCAAUCUCCUUUCCUCUUUACUCCAAACAAGAGCUAAAGCAUGCGUAUCUCUGUGCAAGCAGUGCAUGACCAUUCUUGGUGCCUGAGUGGGACAUGUGCUCAACUGUGGUUUUGCAAAGGUGGUCUUGGUUCUGCUCCAGCUCCUGUAAAACCUACAGCACAAAGAGCCCUUCAGUGCAUGGCACGGAGAUGAGAUGGUGAUGUGGUUAUGCAGUUACAUAACAUCAAAGGAGGGCAGAGUUAGAGUUUUUAAUGCCUGUAAUAAUAGGCCUGUGGAGAUAUUCUGUAGACUAUCAUCUGGACUCCAAACACACUAAGGAAUACAAAGAAAAUGCUUUUCAGAAGAAAUUCUGGUAGACAUUCCUAUGGAUUUUACUAUUCACCUGGAUGCAGUAUUUGAAGGAUGGUGGUUUUGAACAGACAUAGAAUGUAAUUUAAAUAAUUCCCUAUAAGCCUCCUUAUUGGUGCUCCACUCAACAUUUAGUUGGAAACCACAGAAUGCUUUCAGAUCAAGCAGAGUCACCAGUCAGAAAUGAAACACUCAGCAUACCUGUACAUAAGCAUAUUCCCACUCUAUAGAAUGUGAGGAUUUGGAUUGUACUUCAGAUUAUGAAGAUUUCCAUAAACCCAAGGGGAAAAUUUCAGGGAUUUAUGAGAUGCUGGAAUUUAUUUUUUUUUUUAUGCGGAAGAAAUAUGUGUUCACAUAUAUACAUAAAUAUAUAUGAGUGUGUGCAGGCACAUUUGUAUGUAUGUAUGUAUAUGAAUUUUUGUAUCCCAAAAGUAUUCUUUGCCCCCUUUAAUCUGAAAAAAUAUAUAUUAUAUAUCGUAUAUAUAAUAUAUAUUUAAGGUUGUGUAAGUUUGACUGCAGUCAUUUCAUAAGGAACACCUCUUCAAAAAUGACUCGGGCCUCUAUUUCUUUAUCGUUUGGCUUGUUGGUAUUGGAAAGUUUUGCAGUUGAAAUCCUUGGGUUUUUUUCUUUUAAAACUUAAUUAUGCUGAGCAUCUAACAAUAUGUUCUUGUCUUUAAUAGAAGGGGAGAAAUUAUUUUUAAAUUAGGGGUUACAAAAUGAAUGAUCUUUUAUAAGCGAGAUUUCUUUAAAAUCCCUUGAAUGAGGGAUUUGUUUUUCUUGAAUUUGAACUCCAUUCUUGUGGGUAAUUUGUAUUUGGAAUUCCUGGUUGCAUUGCUUUAUCUGGUGCUUCAUAUCAACAUGUACACGUUUUUAUAUAAGUAUAUAAACUACAAGCCUUCCUUUGUGAUCAGGGGCAGUUACACUCUGGUUUGCUGUGGUACUUUGCUGUGUACUCUGUGGCAUUCAUGUUACUGUGUAAAUAAACUAGUUUUAUUACACUCCA